CCAUUUACUUACCGAAUGCUACGAGCUUUUGGCCUUCAUCCGAAGGUGCUUCUGGAGUAGGUGUUUCAACAUCCGAGAUCUGUACCUUUAAGUCAGUGACAUUCCUGUAAUGAUGUCAGCUGAGCAUCGGGUAUUUUAAUUUAUAACCUGACUAUGGCUAUACAUAUUUACCCCUCGUUUGCAGUGUGGUGAAUCUUGGAUAACAGUACCCUCCCAGCAUUGCACACUAUGCAGGAUAAUUAUGGAUUUGUUCGUGCUUUCCAGAUCGGAUAACUACAGAAUUGGGAGGAAGAAUUGAAGGAAGAAAUGAACUAAUCUUUCAAGUCACGUUUCUUGUCCCAUAAACAUCUUUUUUGGGGGGAAAAUGCAAAGUGGAUUAAAUGGUUGACUCACAUCAGCAAGCUUAACUCGUAUUUUGUAGUGCGUUGGCUCACUCAUUUUCAACAAAGGCGCACGAUUUCACCAUGUAUGCGCCCACGGCAGACGCCGUGUCUGGGUACACCAGCGGCACCAUGGUGGACAAGGAUGCGAGUCAGGAGACGACACUAGGCAGUGCCUACUCGCCGGUGGACUACAUGAGCAUCACUAGCUUUCCUCGGCUUCCAGAGGACGACGUACUCUCGUCGGAAAAUACCCUUAAAACUCGUAAAGAAGACGACAACGUCCUUAGUGAGCAGGACACAGAUCCAGACAUCUUCCUGAGGUCCGCUCGUUUGCAGCGACUCCCCUCCUCGGCAUCUGACCUGGCCAGCCAGGACCUGUCACCUCUGAGGGAGACGCACCGCGACCCAAUGGCCGAGGACUGUGCUUGCCAGCGGGACGGCCUUACCGUCAUCAUCACUGCUUGCUUGACCUUUGCCACAGGGGUCACAGUCGCUCUCAUCAUGCAGAUCUACGUUGGGGAUCCUCAGAUAUUUCAUCAGGGAGCGGUGGUGACGGAUGUGGCCCACUGCACCUCUCUGGGCUUCGACGUGCUCAGCAAGCAGGGCUCCAGUGUGGACGCUGCCAUUGCUGCUGCGCUCUGCCUGGGCAUCGUCCACCCUCACACCUCUGGCCUUGGCGGUGGAGGGGUGAUUUUAGUCCAUGACAUACGUAAAAAUGAGAGUCGUGUCAUUGACUUCCGUGAAACAGCACCCUCUGCCAUUCAGGAGGAUAUGUUGCAGUUAAACCUGGAGGAUAAGCCUGGUGUUCUGGUAGGAGUGCCUGGGAUGUUGAAGGGGAUGUAUGAGGCUCACCAGUUCUAUGGAAGAUUGCCAUGGGAAAAUGUCAUAACCAUGGCAGCGGAUGUGGCCAGAAAUGGAUUUAAUGUCACACAUGACUUUGCUGAGGCAUUGGCCAAAGUGAAGGACCAGAACGUCUCCAAGGCUUUCCAGGAUCUCUUUCUACCAGAUGGACAAGUCCCACUGUCUGGUCUCUUUACAAAACGUCUUGAUUUGGCAGCCAUCUUGGACAAGAUUGCAGUCAAUGGCAUAUCAGAGUUUUACAAUGGCAACUUGACGCAGGAAAUAGUAGCUGAAGUACAAAUUAGAGGGGGAGUCAUCACAGAAGAGGACUUCAGCAACUACAGCACAGUAUUACAGCAGCCCGUGGAGAUGAUUUACCAAGGACACCAGGUGAUGGCUGCACCAGCCCCCAAUACAGGUGCAGCUCUCAUCACAGCCUUGAACAUUCUGGAGGGUUUCAACAUCACCAGUCAAACACACAGGAACAGCACCUACCACUGGAUUGCAGAGACUCUGAAAAUCGCCUUGUCCCUGGCCAGUGGGUUAGGAGAUCCCAACUUCGAUUCAUCUGUCUCUGAAGUAGUGACCGAGAUGCUAAGCAAGGAAAAGGCGGCAGUGUUCCGCAGCAUGAUCAGCGACUCUCAGGCAUCACCUCCUGGACAUUACACCCCUGCCUAUGCCCUGGAGGAGGGCGCAGUGGCCAGCCAGGUCAUGAUCAUGGGGCCUGAUGACUUCAUCGUGUCUGUUAUGAGCUCUCUGAAUCGGCCGUUUGGCAGUAGAAUUGUGAGCCCAUCAGGGAUUCUCCUCAACAGCCAGAUACUAGACUUUUCAUGGCCAAACAAAACCAGCAGUUCUUCCCCACCCAACCCGCAUAAUUCCAUCCAGCCUGGUAAGAGGCCUCUGUCCUUCUUGAUGCCCACUGCAGUGCGGCCCUCUGGGGGUCUCUGUGGCACCUAUGUGGCCCUCGGGUCGUCCAAUGGGGACCGGGCCUUGAGUGGCAUAACAGAGGUUUUGAUGAAUGUCUUGUCUUCACGUAAGAACCUGAGUGACAGCUUGAGUAAUGGCCGACUCCACCCCCUUCUUCAGCCGAACACCCUCCUAGUGGAUGCGGAGUUCCAGGAAGAAGAUGUGGAAGCUCUGGUUUUAAAGGGACAUGAUGUCCAAAGAGUUGACAUCCUCUCCCUGGUGGAGGGGACCAGAAGAACCAACGACCAGAUUAUUGGCGUGAAGGACCCUCGGAGUGCUGAUGCUUCUGCUUUAACAAUGUCCAUGUCCGUGCCUUAGCAUACGUGUGGCUAUAGCUACACUGCCCUUCUCUGAUUAUGGCUGGACAAUCCACUGAAGGUUUUAAUGCUUGAUGAUGCGGGAGGUUGUCGGGGGUGCUAAGUCAACCCUUUGGAUAUUUUCCCAAUUAUGAUGAAUGUUCUUCCUCUAUGGCCCAGAGAGUAUGGUGGCAGGCAUGCAUGCAUAAUGAGCAGGGGAUAUGGAUGUUGGGCAUAAUCACCACUGUAAAUGCAUUUAGUACACACAUUGUAUCAGUGAUGAGCUUGAAAAUAAGAGCAAAAAGAAGACCAGACAAACUUAUAAACAUACAGAACACACACACACACACGCACACACACACACACACACACACACACACACACACACACACACACACACACACUCUCUCACACACACACACACACACACACACACUCUCUCACACACACACACACACACACACACACACAGAGAGAGAGAGAGAGAGAGCAAACAGCAAGCCAACACAUAAAUAUGUCUCAGUUGUACACUUAAAUUAACAUGCACAUUUAUUAACAUUCACAUUGACUAACACUGAUAGUGUACUAAAUACUUACAUGCAGCUUAGCUGCAUCAAUAAAUGACACAUAGGCUGCAUACAAACUCAGCCCGGCAUGCCUGAAUACAGUUCAGUUGCUUGAUCAUACCAGCACCAUGAUCAUAAAUCUGCAGAUGAUCUUGCUUGAAAUUGUGUACAGAAAAUGUUUUCCUGUUGUUGCGGCAGUGGAUUUUAUCCAUUCCUUCCUGACUCAAUAUGCGCAUGAGAUCUGCUCAUUAUGACAUUAAAAACUUAAAAAUGAAAACUCCACUAGACUUUGUGGAAGAUGUUUUUUCUGAAACUACACCAUAUUUAAAAACGACUCUGCUGUAUAUGGAUUCAAAAUUAAAUGUCACAGUGUACAUCUGCUGAAUUGCUGUUACCGGUAGUAUGGUUGCCCUGAUACUUUGUGGCAAAAGGAUCCUUCAGAGUAGCAAAAUUAUUGUAAAUUAUGGUUUUAUAAAAGGAAUACUGACUAGAAAACAAAAUAAUUAACAAUUUAAGGGAUCAGUGAGCAUGAAGGAAAGUAUGUUUUGCAUAUUGUUGUCUAUAGGUAUAGCACAUUUGAUACAAAUGCAGAAAACUUGUAUGAUGUCCUUAUUUUUGUAUUCAACUUAGUUUGCACUGUAUACUUUGUGAUUUCUGCAUAUUCUUAGGCUAUUUAAUGACGCACCUGAAUUUCUGUACUGAUGGACAAGUUUGUUUUCUCUCUUUUAGUGGUAGUCUUCAUUUGUUCAGAUUUGUUAUUCAUUAUAUUUAUCAUUGUAAAUCAAUGUAGUAGGCCUCAGUAUACUUCUCAAUUCUGAGUGCAAUUAAAUAAAGUGAAUUUGUGCAAAUAGGCCUACA